AUGGACGAGGAAAGGCAGGGUCACUCGACCUUUGCCGACUUGGAGCGGACCAGGGAGAAGCCUGCUGCGGGCGCCCACGAUGAGCAGUGGGAGCUCGUUGGUGCGUUUCUGUACGGGGACGAGUUCGUUGGGGCCGUGACGGUCCCGGCAAGUGGGGAGUUGUUGCUGAUGGCGAUCGUCGACGAGGAGGAUCAGAGUCCCUGGAUUGAUCGGAAGGCACACCCCCCUCUGGAGUUGUCUGAGCUGCAAGCUGCUCGCCACGGCGGAGGAGCCUGA